UAUGGGCUGUCAAUCCUUCAAAGAGAACUUGAGGACAGUGACAGGAAGGGUUUUCGUGAACUGCUUAGGAUGGAUGUGGAGGAUUUCAGCUACUUGCUUGGCAAAGUCAGACCAUUUAUCCAAAGAAGGGACACGAAACUGAGAAGAGCAAUCAGUGCAAGAAUGAGGCUGUCACUUACGCUACGAUUCCUUGCUACCGGAGAGACGUUUAGAUCUCUGAGCUUCCAGUACCGGAUCGGCCGUAGUACCAUCAGUGAGAUAGUAAUGGAGACUUGUCAAGCCUUGUAUGAAGUCUUAAAGGAUGAUCAUUUAAAGACUCCCACAACGGAGGCAGAGUGGAGAGAGGUGGCAAUGGGAUUUGAAAACAAAUGGCAAUUUCCUAAUUGCUUAGGAGCCAUAGAUGGAAAGCACAUCUACAUCCAGCCACCUGCUAACUCUGGAAGUACUUACCACAAUUACAAGUCCAGAUUUUCUGUUGUACUCAUGGCAGUAGUCGACGCAGAUUACAGAUUUAUUUACGCAAAUGUUGGCGUACAAGGAAGAGUGUCAGAUGGAGGAAUAUUUGGCCAGUCAGACCUCCGAGCUGCCAUGGACAGAGAUCUGCUGAAUGUCCCACCCCCAGAGCCACUACCAGGGAGUAACAUAUCUUUGCCCUAUGCAUUUAUUGGUGAUGAAGCUUUCCCUCUUCGAAUCGACCUGAUGAAGCCAUACCCCUUCCGAAAUCUGGACCAUGGGCAGCGAAUAUUUAACUACAGGCUAUCAAGGGCAAGGCGUACAGUUGAAAACGCAUUUGGAAUUUUGGCCAAUAGACUCUGUGUUUUCCUUUCCAACAUUGCACUGGAGCCUGAGAAAGUGACAACAGUUACACUAGCUGCACUCUGUGUGCACAACUUCCUGAGGAAGAAGGCGUCAGAUGUGUACCUGCUGUUGUGUUGGGUUCUUAUGAUAAGAAAUGAAGACAUGACUCGCUCGAUUCACAUCGAUUCUCUCUUUAAUGUCAACACCGUUCCGACCCCCACAUACAUCCUUACUGCCACCUAG